UUUUCAAAAAUACAAAACUCUAAAUGCAUCUUAAACCGACCGGUUCAACGGUGGUGUGUUGAAUGAAGAUGUGUUAUGUCGGUUCGAUGCCACGUAACCAAUAAAAAUGAUGACGGGGGGUGGAUUAGCCAAUAAGUUUGUGUUGUGUGCUUUAGCUUUAGCUCUCUCUGUUCAUAGAACCAAAGAUACAUGGCGACUCUAGGCCAUAUCGCGAGAGAAUCAUCCGACGUCACACGCCUCGCCCUGUUCUACAAAGAGGUAUUUGGGUUUGAGGAGAUAGAGAGCCCUGAUUUUGGAGACCUCAAGGUGAUAUGGCUAAACUUACCAGGUGUUUUUGCGAUGCACAUCAUCCAGAGAAACACUUCAACAAACCUCCCUGAAGGUCCUUACAGCGCCACCUCUGCCGUUCGAGAUCCUAGCCAUCUCCCUAUGGGCCACCACAUCUGCUUCUCCGUCUCCAACUUCGACUCCUUCCUUCGCUCUCUCAAGGAGAAAGGGAUAGAAACUUUCCAGAAGUCUCUUCCUGAUGGAAAAGUCAAGCAAGUUUUCUUCUUUGAUCCUGAUGGAAACGGAUUAGAGGUAGCAAGUCGAUCUGAGUCUUGAAUCAGGAACUUUGUGGUAUGAGUAGUUAAUGAAAAUAAAAAAUAUUCAGCUUGUUCAAAACAGGAUAAUUAAAGCUGCAUAUGUAAAGAAAACGUUGCUGUUCCCGUUUCUUAGCUGGAGUGUUUUGGAACAAUCUUGAGUCUCUAUGCUGUCUAGGCUUGAUGUUUACUUCUGACAACUUACCCUUCAUGUGCUUUGAAUGUUGGAUGUAUCGCAUUAAUGAGCUUUUCUUGUCUACUA